AUGAGUGGGAGACUACUCUCCCGCAGCGCAGCGCUGUUUUCGCGGAGAGCCGUUCUUGCGCGCCAAUUUCAAUACUUCGGCGCAACCAGAGCUGGCGGGCUCUUUAGUCCGCAGGGCAGCGCCCACUUACGCGUGAGAUCAUGGCCUCUGGGGACAAAUGCCAUUCACAAUGUCCCGGCCAUCAGGACCAUCUCCUUUGCACGCGUCCUGCCCAAGCUCGCCUUGAAGCUUGCCCGCAUACCCGCCAUGUUUGGUGGCGCGAUGAUAGCAGGACUUGCAUAUAUACAGUACCAAGCGGCCCAGGCUGGCAACUAUGCUAUCGACGUUAUAAAAUCGGCCGGUGAAACUGCAGGCGGUGUGGCCAUGAACACGCUGCAGGGACUUCGUGAUAUUGCUGAACAGGCACAGGAAGGGUUUCAAAAUACAAAAAAUAAUAUAGAAUUGCCGGAAUGGAUACAGAAAAUUCUCCGCUUAAACGAACAAGCUUCCUCAGACCAGGGCGGAUCUUCCAGUGGUGGCAGUGGUGGCAGUGGGGGAUCCCCGAAAAAGAGCAACGCUGGGGCCGCGAUGGCAGGAGCCGUGGCAGGUUCGAGCUUAGGAUUCGAUUCCGAUCAAGAUAAUAGGAGUGCAGCCAGCUUAGCCUUGGACGAGCAGAUGAUGACCUUGACCCGGAAAAUGAUUGAAAUACGGAAUAUGCUACAACGAGUUGGCCAGUCUAAUACGCUCACCUUGCCAUCUAUAGUGGUUAUCGGUUCACAGUCAUCUGGCAAGAGCUCAGUGCUGGAAGCUAUUGUUGGCCAUGAAUUCCUACCAAAGGGAUUCAACAUGGUUACCCGUCGUCCUAUAGAGCUGACGUUGGUCAACACCCCGGACUCCUCGGCAGAAUAUGGUGAAUUCCCUGCCCUCGGCCUUGGAAAGAUAACAGAUUUUAGUCAAGUCCAGCGCACGUUGACCGAUCUAAAUCUUGCAGUCCCGGAAAAGGACUGUGUCAUGGAUGAGCCAAUUCAACUCUCCAUAUACUCUCCACAUGUUCCAGACCUGUCCCUUAUUGAUUUGCCUGGUUAUAUACAGGUUGCCGGGCGUGGUCAACCCCAGGAACUGAAGCAAAAAAUCUCCGACCUUUGCGACAAGUACAUCCAAGCUCCUAAUAUUAUCCUCGCAAUUUCAGCCGCAGAUGUUGACCUAGCCAAUUCUACGGCCCUCAGAGCCAGUCGGAGAGUGGAUCCCCGUGGAGAGAGAACUAUUGGAGUAAUCACAAAGAUGGACCUGGUUGACCCCGAAAGGGGUGCCAGCAUCCUCUCAGAUAGGAAAUACCCUCUACGUCUGGGCUAUGUUGGAAUCAUCAGUCGUAUUCCGCAAACUGCCGGUCUGUUCUCUCGUGGCAACGGAAACAUCUCUACUGCCAUUGUAAGGAAUGAAAAUGCAUACUUCAACGCACAUCCACAGACCUUUGGUCCGGACAGCGAACUUGCCGUGGGAACCAGCGUGCUACGGAAAAAGCUCAUGCAAACCUUAGAACAAACCAUGGCUUCUAACCUUGCAGGAACCCGGGAUGCUGUCUCCCAGGAACUGGAAGAGGCAACCUACGAAUUCAAAGUCCAGUACAACGACAGACCAUUGAGCGCGGAAUCGUAUCUAGCCGAGAGCUUAGACAGCUUCAAACGUUCGUUUAAAGAGUUCAGCGAAAGUUUUGGCCGCCCGCAUGUUCGAGAGCUAUUGAAAGCCCACCUCGACCAGCGCGUUAUGGAUAUUCUUGCCCAGAGAUAUUGGAAUAAACCGGUUGACGACAUCUCUCCUGCUCUGCCAGAUCCUGAUCCUCUAAGCAGUUUGCCAACUUCGAGUCCAGAUUCCGUAUACUGGAGACGGAAACUCGACGCCUCUUCCUCCGCCCUUACAAAAUUAGGAAUUGGCCGCCUGGCUACUACAAUCGUCGCAAACUCAUUACAAAAUCAUAUCGAUUCUCUAGUCGCAUCAUCUACGUUUAACACGCAUCCUUAUGCACGGAAAAUCAUCGAGGCAUCUACCACCAUUCUUAACGAUCGAUUCUUCAGCACUAGCGACCAAGUAGAGAAUUGUAUCAAGCCAUACAAAUUCGAGAUCGAAGUUGAUGACAUGGAGUGGUCCAAGGGCCGAGAAAGCGUGACCAAAGGUCUUAAAGAAGAGCUCAAAGCAUGCGAGAAUUCACUGAAAAACGUUGAAAACACGGUUGGGAAACGCAAACUCCGAGAUGUCAUGGCGUUCGUUGAUAAAUCAAGAAAGGGUGACGCCAACGUCGAAGGGGAUGGUAGCGGUGGUGCUGGAGGCUUCAGUGCAUCCCUGAUUGAACAAGCUCGUGGUGCCACUUUCCUUCGAGACAGGGCCGAGAUACUAAAGAUGCGACUCCUCGCUGUUCGCUCUAAGCAAUGUGCCUCCAAGAAGAACAGAUAUUACUGUCCGGAAGUAUUCCUAGAUGUGGUUGCCGAUAAACUUACCGCCACCGCCGUUCUGUUCCUCAACGUUGAGCUGCUAUCAGAAUUCUACUACCAUUUCCCCCGGGAACUCGACCUAAGGUUAGGCCGUCACCUGUCUGAAGCAGAGGUGGAACGAUUCGCCCGGGAAGAUCCACGCAUCCGACGACACCUCGACGUAAUCCAGAAGAAAGAGAUGCUUGAGCUAGUGCUGCAGAAGAUCGAAAGUUUACAGCAAUUGGAAGGCCGCAGUAAAUCUAAUUCUCAGCAAGCCGGGGCCGCAAAGGAGCGUGUAAAAGGAAGCUGGCGUCUAUUCUAG